AUGGCAAGAGGUAGAGUGAAGUCUAACAAUGGUGUUGGUGAACUAGGGGCCGAGGGGGUCCUUCACCAAAUCAAGCAUGAAUCUCUAGUUGAGAUCGUGAGAUACAAAGAGUGCAUGCAUAACCAUGCAGCCUCCAUGGGUUACUAUACCAUCGAUGGAUGUUGUGAGUUUGUGAAAGGUGGGGAGGAUGGAACUCCAGAAUCUCUUCUUUGUGCUGCUUGUGAAUGCCACCGGAGCUUCCAUCGGAAGGAGGUCCUUUUCCAUGACGGCACAACCGAAGUUUGGUACCUCCCUCGCCCUGUGACAAUUGUUGCUGCUCCAAUCCCAUUACCACAUAAUAUCUUUCUGUACAAUUUGAGGGCCCCACCACUGAAUCAACAUCAGAAUGAGGUACCAUCUGAGAUACUCAGAGAAGGAGAAACCAAGGUGGAAAUGGAAGGAACGAAGAAGCCGAGAACAAAGCUGACGAAGGAGCAGAAGGAAAGAAUGAGUGCUUUCGCUGAAAGGUUAGGUUGGAAAUCACACAGGCAUAAUGACGAAGAAAUUCGCAAGUUCUGCUCUGAUAUUGGGAUUAGUCGUAGAGUGUUCAAAGUUUGGUUAAACAAUAACAGAUAUGGGAAGGGGGCUGCUCUACCACCCUCAUCAUCAGCAUCGCCACCGCCACCGCCACAACAACCAUCAUCACCACCUCCAUCGAUGCCACCGCUACCCCCCACCUUUUGCUCAAGCUAG